GUUGACGCGGAAUCGUUUCCGUGUAAUUGCACUGCUUCAACGUGCGCAAAUCCGUUUGGCCGUCGUGAAUUCGAUGCACGUCAUGUUCGUUCACAUCUUCACUCAACUCUGAUGCGUUUGAGAGAUGCUCAGAUUCGUAAUUAUACGGUGAAUGAUGCUUGGAGGGAGUUGAUGGAGCUUUAUGCGAGCAUCAGACCUUACAAAAUACGUCACAAACGGCGAUUCAUCGUCGACAGCAGUGCUGGUUUUGUUGAUGCUGAUAUCCAGGAGCUGGCUAUUGCAACUCAGUUUCAAUGCGCGAUUGAACUGUGCGCGCCAAUGCCAAGUAACUGCCCACCAGGACCACGUGGACCAAAAGGCGAGAGAGGCGAGCCAGGAGGUUAG